GUGUGGUUUUUUUUUUUUUGACAGGAGGUCAUUGGAAAGUGAGGAGUAAAGUCGGAGCCCAGGAGUUCCCAGUGCCAGCUGUAUUCUCAUGCGGCUGUGAGGCGGAUCCGUUAUUUACCGACCCGGUGUAGAGCGUCGACCGCUGCGAAAUGCUCCGUUUAAUCCUGCGGCUCAGGCCGGCUCCCGGUGGCCCGGGUCUCCGCGUCCUCCCGGCGGCUGGGCCUGCCGCUGCGCUCAGCUCGCGCUCCGUUUCCGGAACCGGGUGUCUCAGGCGGCUCCACUGUGGAGAGGGGUCCCGAACCGUGUCCCUGGGUUCGGGCUUCAGUUACAGGACGACCUGGCUGCGGUGUCCCCGCCUGGCUGGCUGUCGGAACCAGCGGUUCUACAGUCUGCCGCCCCACCAGAAGGUGGAGCUUCCUGCUCUCUCACCCACCAUGCAGACAGGAACGAUCGCUCGCUGGGAGAAGAAGGAGGGCGAUAAAAUCAGUGAGGGCGACCUAAUAGCUGAGGUCGAGACCGAUAAGGCCACGGUGGGUUUUGAGAUGCUGGAGGAGUGCUACCUGGCAAAGAUCCUGGUUCCUGAAGGCACCAGAGACGUCAACGUCGGCUCAGUCAUCUGCAUCACCGUUGAAAACCCGGACCUCAUCGACGCUUUUAAAGAUGUAACGUUGGACUCCGUUAAAUCCGCCGGUGCUGCUCCUUCACCUGCUGCCUCUGCUCCUCCUCCUCCAGCUGCUGCAGCUCCUCCUCCUGCUGCACCGGGCAGCUCCUACCCCCCACACUUGAAGAUUCCUCUUCCUGCCCUCUCUCCCACCAUGACGAUGGGGACGGUGCAGCGCUGGGAGAAGAAAGUGGGUGAGAAGCUGAGUGAAGGCGAUCUGCUGGCUGAGAUCGAGACAGACAAGGCGACCAUCGGCUUUGAGGUGCAGGAGGAAGGUUACCUGGCUAAAAUCCUGGUGGCAGAGGGAACUCGGGACGUUCCUCUGGGAACGCCGCUCUGCAUCAUCGUGGAAAAAGAGAGCGACAUCGCUUCCUUCAAGGAUUACGUGGAGACUGGGUUGGCGGAGGUGUCUGCGCCUCCUCCCCCUCCUCCUCCAGCUCCUGCUCCUGCUCCUGCAGCGGCUGCAGUUCCCGGUGCCGCUCCAGCAGCUGCUGCUCCGGCAGCACCGAGGAAAGGCCGCGUGUUCGCCAGCCCACUCGCCAAGAAGCUCGCUGCUGAGAAGGGAGUGCAGCUGGCUCAAGUCAGCGGUUCUGGUCCUGACGGACGCGUCACCAGGAAGGAUAUCGAGAGCUUCGUUCCACCAAAGGCAGCUCCUACUGCUGCUGCUCCGGCUGCUGCCCGAGCCGCUGCGCCCCCCGCCGCUGCAGCAGCUGCUCCGGCCGGCACCUUCACAGACGUCCCCAUCAGCAACAUCCGCCGGGUCAUCGCCCAGAGGUUAAUGCAGUCCAAACAAACCAUCCCCCACUACUACCUGUCUGUAGAUGUCAGCAUGGACCGGGUGCUGGAGCUGCGGACCGAGCUGAACGAGGAGGUCAAAUCCCAGAACAUCAAACUCAGCGUGAACGAUUUCAUCAUCAAGGCCAGCGCCCUGGCCUGCCUCAAGGUUCCCGAGUGCAACUCCUCGUGGCUGGACACGGUCAUUCGCCAGAACCACGUGGUGGACAUGAGCGUGGCGGUGAGCACAGCUAACGGCCUCAUCACGCCCAUCGUGUUCAAUGCCCACGUCAAAGGCCUGGCCGCCAUCAGUGCCGACGUGUCGGCCCUUGCUGCCAAAGCAAGAGACGGCAAACUGCAGCCGCACGAGUUCCAGGGAGGAACGUUCACCAUCUCUAACUUGGGGAUGUUUGGGAUCAAGAACUUCUCUGCGAUCAUCAACCCUCCUCAGGCGUGCAUCCUGGCCGUGGGAGGCUCCGAGAAGCGCCUGAUGCCCGCUGACAACGAGAAAGGGUUCGACGUGGCCAGCAUGAUGUCGGUGACGCUGAGCUGCGACCACCGGGUGGUGGACGGGGCGGUCGGCGCACAGUGGCUCGCGGAGUUCCGCAGGUUCCUGGAGAGACCCGUCACCAUGUUGUUGUGACGAGACGGUGCCGCCACGGGCUGAGAGGCCUCCUACUGACGAGACGGGACCGCUCCAGACCUUCCCGCCACCAGGUCACUCCCAGAUCACCUGAAGGGGAGGAGGCAGAACUCACUCCGCUUUUACCUGUCUGUCUGUCUGUCUGUCUGUCGCCCCCAUUCACCAUUCAUCUAUUUAUUCUGGCCUAAUCUGAUGAGAAACACGUUUAAUUUAAUUUAUCUGCAGGGGAAUAAAGUCCACCUGUGAGUCUGAAACAUUAAAAAUGUUUUGUUAAAGUGUUACAUGUUCCACCAGGAUGUGUCCCAUCGAGUGUGUGUGUGUGUGUGUGUGUGUGUGUGGGGGGGUUACAUACUCUUCUCUUUGUGUUGAGAUGAACCAGAAAGUAGGAAGUGCCAUGGUUUUAAGUAAAGAGUUAUAGUUUUUGUUUAUUUGCAGGCAAGAACAGAGACAGUCACACAGACACACACACAUUGUGUUUGUGUUAAAGCUGCCGUGUGUGUGUGUGUCGUUGGACUCGGUGCUGUAUGUUUCUGUACCUGACGGUGAGCUGUCUCGUCUCCAUGGAGACCAUUUAACGUCCUGAGUGACGACGGCUCCUCACAACGAACUGAUUCUGUCUCCAGUCCGUUUUUAUUUUCUUCUCUCAGAAAUCUUUGUCCUGUCGGCUGCGACGCACAAACAAACCAGAUGUUCUUUGAAUAAAGUCGGAGUGAACCUCGUGGUUUGGGAUGCCGUCUGUAGACUUUAUGGUGAGGCUCCGGAUGUUCAGGUGAAACGGUUCCUGACGAUGCGACCCCGACAUGCAGAACAGGAGAACCUGCAGACGGCUCCAGUCGAGAUCACUUCCUGCUCAGCUGGUGCUUUGACUUCAUGUUGACCCAGACUAAAUAAAACUGAUCUGUU